AUACCUGUCGUUCAUCUGUCAAGUCAGAAAAAAAAAUUUCUGAUGCAAUUUCAUCAAAUUAAAAUUUUCUCAAUUUUCAAAGAAAUUUUGCUGAUACAUUGUUGAUUCUGCUGCAAAAAGCUAACUUAGAAAGGAGUGAAUCAUGGCUGAAGAUGAUGCGAUAUUUGAUCCUUCGUUGAUGAAGAAAAAGAAGAAGAAGAAGACUCCAUUUGAUUUGGACGGUGCACUCGGGGUUGAUGAUGGUGCAGAUGUUGAGACGCCCGUUGCAGGUGAUAGUUCUACUCCAGCGGAAAGUGGCAAUACAGUAGGAUUGGAUGGAGUCGCAACAAAUGACUUGGAUGAUAAUUUAGACCUGGAAAGUUUUGGCAAGAAGAAGAAGAAAAAGAAGAAGCCUUUCAAUCUGGAUGAAUUAGAUACAGCCCUUGCUGUUGCAUCGGAAGGCAAAACCGAAGGCGAGAAAGAGGGCAAGGAUGCUGGUAAAAUGGAUGAUGCCGAUGGUGCUGUUUUCAGCAUUGGAGAUGAUGGACUGGAUGACGAUGAUAUGAAGAUCGACUUCAGCAUGAAAAAGAAAAAGAAGAAGAAGAAGGAUCUAACGGAGUUGAUGGAGGCUGAGGAAGCUGCUCGGGAGGAGGAGAAGGAAAAUGGCCUUACGGAUAACGAUGGAAGCGGUGCGGAGUUCGUGGAUGAACACAGCACAACAUGGGCUGGCUCGGACCGUGACUAUACGUACGAUGAGCUUUUGCAACGUGUCUUCGAAAUCAUUCUGGACAAGAAUCCCGAUAUGGCAGGCGGACGAAAGCCUAAAUUUGUUAUGCGUCCACCCCAAGUUCUUCGAGUAGGCACGAAAAAGACCUCUUUUGCCAACUUCACGGAAAUAUGCAAAACUUUGCAUCGACAACCGAAACAUUUACUGGACUUUCUGUUGGCUGAAUUGGGAACCAGCGGUUCGGUGGACGGCAAUUCGCAGCUCAUCAUUAAGGGUCGAUUCCAGCCAAAGCAGAUCGAGAAUGUUUUGCGACGGUAUAUCAAGGAGUACGUGACAUGUCAUACCUGCCGUUCACCCGAAACUCUUCUACAGAAGGACACUCGUCUGUUUUUCCUACAGUGCGAAUCUUGUGGGUCACGUUGUUCCGUGGCCAGUAUUAAGUCUGGUUUCCAGGCCGUCACCAGCAAGCGUGCUGCUAUCCGAGCGAAAACGGCUUAGACUUUAUAAGUUUUGUUUUUUUGAUGGCUCCAUUGUACCAUUCAGUUGAUUAUGACCAAUUAGCUCUGAUUUUCUUGAGGCGAGAGGCAGUAUAGAAUGGGUUUGGAAAUGAAACUAGUUGAAAGUUUGUUUCAAAUUCGCGUUAUGUUCUUUAUUUACCGGCAUGCUAUGUCAACUAGAAUAUGUGCGCGGAAAUAUACAUCAAAAUUACUCAAUUGUAUAAGUUUCUAUCUGGCUUAAUUAAACGCACCUCAUAUACAA